UAGAGAUGUGAGUUUUUGGCACCUCAAAUUGUUUACAUAUUUUGUAUUAAAUGUUUCAGUCGAUUAGACCCUCGAGCGCUAAUCUGCAAUUAUUAAAUCAAUUCUGUAAACUGAAUAAAGUUAUUAACUUUAAAUUUGAACAUGUACAACGUGGAUUGUAUACCCAUCAAGGACAUCAAGCCGGGCCUGAAGAACAUCAAUGUGAUCUUCAUAGUCCUGGAGGUGGGCUCCGCCACUGUCACGAAGGAGAACCGUGAGGUGCGCAACUUCAAGGUGGGCGACCACACGGCCAGCAUAAAUGUCUCCAUUUGGGACGAGCCCGGAAAACUAAUCAUUCCCGGGGACAUCAUUCGACUGACCAAGGGCUAUGCCUGUCUCUGGCGGCACUGCCUCACCCUCUAUUCCGGCAAGAAUGGCGAAGUCUUUAAAAUCGGCGAAUUCUGCAUGAUUUUCAACGAGAAUCUCAACAUGAGUGAACCCAAAAGGCCCGAGCCAGCACUGGUGGCGUCGCCCGUCGUACUGCCGGGCGGUCUGCCCGCUGUGGGUCCCUCGGGCGUGCCAGCCAAAGGCGGUCCGGCGGGCAUCUCUCCUGCCGUCGUGCCGGUGGUUCUGCCCGGAGCCGUGGUGCAGCCUACCAUUCCCGCCACAGCAGUCGCAGCCGCACCCACUGCGCCACAGACAGUGGUGAAGCAGGGCACACGCGGUGGCAGAGGCGGCGGACGUGGUGCCUCCCACAAAGCGGAGCGGCGCUAAGCCGACUUAGGAUGGAUCCAAGACAUGAACAGGGAUUUCCCAUUAGAAUAAGAGCCUACAAAUUGUUUAAAAUAUUGUAGUUAUGUUUUAUUUUUGCAAAUUCGAAAAGACACAAAUCAGAUAUGGAGAGCUUGUGCAGCAUUUUUCAUCGGAUACAUUUCCAAGAUAAUUUUGUUAGAACUUUUAAGACAACAUUCACAUAAAAACGAUCCUUAAGAACA